UACAGCUGUUGUAUUUGAGCAAGUCCUCACUUGCUGCAAUCUAGGACCUUGCAAUGUUGCUUCUAUUGCUGCUCUUUCUGUUGUGUUAUAAUAGGAAAUUAAUGGGAAUGUAAACUAAAUGCUUUUCAAAAAUAGGUAAAGCAGUUAUGUCUGAAGAAGAGGUACUGCUUGAUGACUGCACUCUGCAACUGUCUCACAAUGGUACCUAUCUGGAUUUAGAAUCCACUUUAGCAGAACAAAGAGAUGAAUUGGAGGGCUUCCAGGAAGAUGCUGGGAGGGGCAAGAAGCACAGUAUAAUUUUGAGGACCCAGCUGUCAGUGAGAGUCCAUGCCUGUAUUGAAAAACUUUACAAUUCCAAUGGACGGGAGCUGAGACGGGCACUUUUCUCAUUGAAGCAAAUAUUUCAGGAUGACAAGGACUUGGUUCAUGAGUUUGUUAUCGCUGAAGGCCUGACUUGCCUAAUCAAAGUAGGAGCAGAGGCAGACCAGAACUAUCAGAACUACAUCCUCAGAGCCUUGGGCCAGAUUAUGCUCUAUGUUGAUGGCAUGAAUGGAGUAAUAAAUCAUAAUGAAACCAUCCAAUGGCUGUACACGCUUAUUGGGUCAAAGUUCCGUCUGGUGGUAAAGACAGCACUGAAGCUUCUGCUGGUGUUUGUGGAGUACACUGAAUCCAACGCACCGCUUUUAAUCCAGGCAGUAUCUACAGUUGAUGAAAAGAGAGGAGCCAAGCCUUGGUCCAACAUCAUGGAGAUCCUGGAGGAGAAAGAUGGGGUUGAUACUGAACUACUGGUUUAUGCAAUGACUUUGGUUAACAAGACGCUGUCGGGGUUGCCAGAUCAAGACUCUUUCUACGAUGUGGUGGACUGUCUCGAAGAGCUGGGCAUUGAAGCUAUUUCACAGAGACACUUGAACAAGAAAGGAACAGACUUGGACUUAGUUGAGCAAUUUAACAUUUAUGAGAUGACCCUGAGGCACGAGGAUGGAGAUGAGACCGCUGACCCCCCUCCCAGUGGGCGCAAGGACAGAAGAAGGGCCAGUCUGGGUGGCAGUGAGCGAAGGGGCCUGGAGCGCCGGCGGAGCCGCAGGCACUCAGUACAGAACGUCAAAAGCACUUUAUCAGCACCUGCCAGUCCAUGCAGUCAGUCGAACCCCAGCUUCAUGCUAGGUCAUGGACAGCGCGUGGAAGAUCUCAGUGAGAGAGAGGAGGAGGAGUAUGAAGAAGAGGAAGAAGAACAGCCAGUCACAGAGCCCAAUACUGAGGAUGAGGGGGAGGAAGAGACCAGUAGGCAGGUCAAAGCCAGUGGGGUCCCAGGUGCACGGGAGGCUGUGAAGGAAAACUUUUCACAGUGUUAUGAUUCUUCAGCCACCUCCAGUGCCAUUUCUCAAGCUGAGAGGCCUCUCCCCUGCUCUAGAGCAAAGAGCUCUUCUAGCAGCUCCUCUUUUGUGCCUGAUUCAUCUGUCUCUCAUCAUAAUUCUAUUCAUUCAUCACCAUCUUCACCAGCAGCAGUUUUGCUAAACUCUUCCCAAAGUUCAUCAGCAUCCAUUACUCCAAAGGCGUCUCCAACGGUAGAGAAAUUGCCUUAUGUACCACAUACUCCUUUUCACCUCUUCUCAUAUGACUUUGAAGAGUCUCCAGCAUCUGUGAAAGAAAAGGAAGCAGAGGUGGUGAGGGAAAACAGAUACAAUAGCUAUGGCAGCAACUCUUACUCUUCUCCACGACCUUAUUCUGGUUUGAGUGCUCCUACAACACCCACUUCUCGUUAUGGGACAACUCUCUCACCGCCUCAGGAGUCCAAGUCUGACAGGCCAGCUUUGGGUGGUCUCCUUACAUCAUCUUUCCGGCAGCACCAGGAGUCCUUGGCAGCAGAAAGAGAAAGACGACGUCAAGAGAGAGAAGAAAGGUUGCAGAGGAUAGAACGUGAAGAACGAAACAAAUUCAAAUACAAAUACUUGGAGAGAUUGGCAGCCGAGGAGUAUGAGAAGGAGCUGAAGAGUCGAAGUGUAAGCCGAGGCAGAAGUGAGCUGUCCUUGAACCUGAGAUCUCCUUCAGCCCCAUCCUCACCUGUACCCAAGUGUGUCAGCCCAGCAUCCAUAGAGUCCCAGGAAGAGCUGAAGACCCCAUCCACCCCCUGUGGAACUCCUCAGCACUCAGAAGUGAGUGCCAGUGAACCCGAACCAGAGACAGAGACAGAACCAGAAGCAGAGCAGGAGACUGAGGCAGAGCCUGAGCAGGGAACGGAGACACCCAAGGAAAUAGAGGCUACAGAGGUGGGACCAGAGAGUGAGGUGGAGCAAGGACCAGAGAGAGAGCCAGAAGAAAGUGCAAUACUCAGUGAAAAAGAGAGGCAGAAUGAGGAAGUGAAUGAAAAAGACAACUGCUCUGCAUCCAGCAUAUCCUCAGCAAGCAGCACUUUAGAGAGGGAAGAGAGAGAGGACAAGUUAACCAGUGACAAUGAAACUGGUCCAUGGUCCCAGACCAUUCAGGAUGCUGGCGUGAAUGAGCAGUGCAGCAACAUCCUCAACAACAAGCGGUUUAUGCUGGACAUGCUGUAUGCGCAUAACAAAAAGCCCAAGGAUGAAGACGAGAAAGAGCUGGAGGCGAAGGAGGAAAAGAAGGAGACGGAGGAAAACGAGGAGUCCCUCACUAGUCUAGCCAGUAGGAUCUCUAUCCUUCAGGCCACAAAGCAGGCCAAAGAUGAAAGUGUCAAAAAGAUGGAGAUCGGAAACCUGGACAACCAAGGCAGUGUGAAAGCCUUUGCGGAAAAAUUCAACAGUGGUGAGCUGGCCAAGGGGACAGCCUUGCCUGAAGAUGAAAGCAGUGAACAGGUCCCUGAGAAAACACCAGCACAGCCAAAGAAGGAAUCUGACUACAUCUGGGAUCAACUCAUGGCUAAUCCUAGAGAACUUAAAAUCAAAGACAUGGAUUUUACAGACUUGGGGGAGGAGGAUGAUGUAGAUGUGUUGGACAUGGAUAUGGGUCCUGGGGACUCCCUUGUUCCCCCUCCUCCACCUCCGCCUUCUUUCCUGGGUUUGCCUCCUCCACCACCUCCCCCACUGUUUGGAUGUCCGCCUCCACCUCCACCCUCUGCUAAUUUAUUGGCUCCUCCUCCGCUAUUCAGCACUCCUCAGGGUUUAGGGUCACCCCAGGUUUCUAGGGGUCAGCCAGCAUUUAUAAAGAAGAAGAAAACCAUCCGUCUGUUUUGGAAUGAGGUACGGCCAUUUGAGUGGCAGUGUAAAAACAACAAACGCUGCAGAGAAUUCCUGUGGUCGAAACUGGAACCCAUUAAGGUGGACACUUCCAAACUGGAGCAUCUCUUUGAGUCGAAGUCCAAGGAACUGCCUGUCACAAAGAAAACUGCUGCAGAUGGGAAGCGACAGGAGAUCAUUGUAUUGGACUCAAAACGAAGCAAUGCUAUUAAUAUUGGCUUGACUGUGCUACCCCCUCCACGAACUAUCAAGACUGCUAUUCUGAAUUUCGACGAAUAUGCCUUAAAUAAGGAAGGAAUAGAGAAAAUUUUGACCAUGAUCCCAACCGAGGAGGAGAAGCAGAAGAUCCAGGAGGCACAGCUGGCAAACCCUGAUGUCCCCCUGGGCAGUGCUGAACAGUUCCUUCUCACCCUUUCCUCUAUCAGUGAACUCUCUGCCAGGCUCCAGCUCUGGGCUUUCAAGAUGGACUAUGAGAUAGUGGAAAAGGAAGUUGCAGAACCACUUCUAGACCUGAAGGAAGGAAUGGACCAACUGGAGCACAAUAAAACUUUGGGAUUUAUCCUUUCUACUCUGCUAGCCAUUGGGAACUUUCUGAAUGGAACCAAUGCCAAAGCUUUUGAGUUGAGCUACCUCGAGAAGGUUCCAGAAGUAAAGGACACAGUGCAUAAGCAGUCCCUCCUGCACCAUGUCUGCACUAUGGUGGUGGAAAAGUUUCCAGACAGCACUGAUCUUUAUUCAGAGAUUGGGGCCAUCACUAGGUCAGCCAAGGUUGACUUUGAACAACUCCAGGAAAACUUGUGUCAGAUGGAAAGACGGUGCAAAGCAUCUUGGGAUCACCUUAAAGCUAUAGCAAAGCAUGAAAUGAAGCCAACUCUAAAACAAAAAAUGUCUGAGUUCCUCAAGGACUGUGCAGAAAGAAUCAUAAUCCUGAAGAUUGUUCACAGAAGAAUAAUUAACAGGUUUCACUCAUUUUUGUUAUUUAUGGGCCAUCCUCCCUAUGCGAUACGUGAAGUCAACAUCAAUAAGUUCUGCAAAAUUAUUAGUGAAUUUGCUCUGGAAUACCGCACCACCAGGGAACGAGUCCUGCAGCAAAAACAGAAGCGAGCUAACCACAGGGAAAGAAACAAGACCAGAGGAAAAAUGAUAACAGAUUCCGGCAAGUUCUCAAGCACCUCGCCCCCCUCCCCAGUCCAGCCCCAGGGCCUGCAGUACGCCGAGGAUGCCGCAGAGCAUGAGAACAUGAAGGCUGUGCUGAAGACCUCCUCUGUCGGUGGGGAGAGCACCACGGCCUUGGGGGUUCGCACUCGCAGCCGGGCCAGCCGGGGCCGUAUCAGUUCAUGGAACGCUGGCAAUGACGAUUCACCUAAUGCAACGGAUGAUGCAGCAGAUGAGAUCAUGGAUCGUAUUGUAAAGUCCGCCACCCAAGUGCCAAGCCAGCGAGCGGUGCCUAGAGAGAGAAAGCGAUCACGAGCAAAUAGGAAGUCAUUGAGAAGGACACUAAAGAGUGGACUGACACCAGAAGAAGCCAAAGCAUUGGGCCUCAUCAGCACCUCUGAGAUGCAGGUUUGAUAUCCCAGAGGUGGCAACAGGAAGAGCCGUCAUCUGAAACACGUGGGCUGAGAACCCUUCGGUGUGGCAUUGUCGUGCCAGCCUCGUCUGCUGCUCCCAACAUCCCGUCUUCUGUUAGUUCAAUUUUAAUAAGCAACAAAAAGUGGGAACCCACAGCCAGGGCAGGAGAAGAGUGUGCCACGGCUCAGCACAACAUCCUGACAGUAGCUUGGGAAGCACAUGAGUGCUUGUAGGUGAAAGCAUGUGGCUGCUUCUCUCAUGGUGUGUUGAUGUGGGUAGGAGGGGGCUUUCUCUGAGUUAUCUGUCACUAUGUGAGCUGUGUUUGCGUUGGCUUUCCUUGUGCCCCAUUUUAGACAUUGUAAAUGUAUGGCAUUUUGUCAAUGCAAUGAACAGUCCUUAAAGAAGCAAAAUAACUCCUGUUACAGCAACCCCAAUUUUCCUGAAGCUGAUUCAUUAAGCAAAGAUGCACAGGCCGUGCAACCCUGUGGUUUGUUUUGUUUUAUUUUGCCACCAAAGAAUGUAAAAAUGUAUGUGUACCUUUGUAUAUGUACAGAAUGAAUGUGUGGAUAUGUGUGCGUGUAUCUAUACACAGUCAUGAUGUGAAGUCAUGCUCCUGCUGAAGCUAGCUGGACCAUGACUGUCACUCUGGGGCCUUACCCUUCCACCAGGACAGGAGGAAAAGAAUGUCUUUUUAUAGAAACUCAAUGUUAUUCAAUGGGAUUCAUCCUGUGGGGUAGGAAAUGGCCUGCAAUACAAGCAGAGAGUGUAGGAUCCUGAAUUUAUGUGUAUUAUUACACGCUCAUACUGUACAUAGCACUGUGGACACAGAGGAGAGGUCACAGAAUACUUCCCUCUUGAUGAGCUUUGGCUAUGCUGUCCAUUUGUACAGUUUCAAAGAAAUCUGCGCCUACAAUUUACACACUCAGUAAAUGCAUUCUGAUAUUAACAUCAGGAAGUUUCGUUUACUUGCCUGUGCCCUUCAUGCUGCUUUUCUCUGCUGCAAAAUAAUGUGGUGGUGAUUUUAUUUCAAAGUAAUUGAUCUGAACAUGAAAUGACCCUGCUAAAAGCCUGCUGUGGUUUUGCUGUUCUUUACUCUUUUUUUUUGUUGUGAUUAUCCUUGAUGCAAGUGGAGAGGGUACCACAGUGAACACUCCAGUAUGCUUGCCCUUAUCUCACUGUUUGAUAACGGAGUUUUUUUAACUGCCCUCAGCAUGUGUAUUUGGAGAACUUUUAGCCAGCUCAUCUGCCUUUAAGUGGAGGACAAACACAUCAGUGAAAAUGAAUUGAACACAGUCACCCUAGCCAGUGCUGAAGCAUUUUGAAGAGACAUGCAGUUAACAGUAACAUAAAAGGGAACUUUUUAAGCCAAAGUCUGUAAAUGACCGUCCUCAAGGAUGCACAAGAUUAUCUCUUUCCAUUGCCUUAGACUCUAAGAUGAAGGGAAUGUGUGCCUAGCAGUAGCGGUUGAGGCUUCCUUCAAACCACACGGCUGGGGAACGGCAGUUUCAUCAUGGUAGCAGGAAAUAAUUCUGACUGCAAAACGCACUAGAGAAGUAGGGUUAAUUAGUCUAUGCUGGGCUCAUACUGUCAUAGCUAUGUUGUUUCUGGCACUCAAGUUAGGUCAAGUACAUCUGCAAGUUACUCUGCUCUCAUUAAGGACAGGAUAAUCCCAGAAGAUUGCACAGGUUAGUGGUACCAAACAGAAUAAACCUCUGAAACCUUGAUCAUCCAUUGUGUUGCAUUGAAUGGAGCAUCCAGUUGAUGAGAAAAUCAGGUAGCUGACAGCUCUACAACAAGAUCUGUGGUGGAGCAUCCUAUCUGUGCUGUCUCCAUUCUCAGUAGUAACAUUUCAGUUUUUAUUUGUUGUUGCCUUGAAUCUUCACAUGUCAAAGUCUGUAAAGAAUCAGUUGUGAGGAAAAGUUCCUAAGGAUGGCGUUGAGUUGGAUGUGGUUUUCCCCUCUGUUAAAAAGUCAAUUUUAUAUGCAGGCAGAAGGCAGCAGUUUUGUAAUUAAUGAAAUGUGUUGUGUGUUGGAAAGCUAUGAAAAGGAAAGUCAGGAAACAGAAAGAAGUGGCAUGUAAUUAUCUCACUGUAAAAUAAGCAAGACCUACUAGCAUCUGGAGUUUAAAGCGGAUCUUUAUGUGCUGCUUAAUACUAUGAACUUUUUAAAUUUCUCUUAAGGAUGUUUUUAACAAAGAAAUGAAGGUAAUGGGGGUUUGUGGAGGUCUUUGAGGUCUGAAAUGAGGAAGACACCCUGAAUGUAGUAGUUAUGUUGAGCUGUUAUACCUGUUUAGUGAUAAAAGAAGCCCAAAUGCAACAAAAUGUAUUUAAUAUUGAUAGAGGUUCUGUAUAUGAUUGGAGAGAAUCACACAUCUUUAAAAGUCAGUAUUUUAACUAAAAUUUGCUCAAUGUGCAAAAUGGUUAGCUGUUUGUGACCACUUGCUAACAGGAAAUAAAUGUGUUUCAUUUAGAUAUAGGUCAGUAUCUGUGCCUGAAAGAAUAAUGUUGCUCAUGAGUUAUAAAUAGUUGGACUUUGGUAUUUUCCAGGAAUUUUGAAAAAAAAAAAAGUGCAAAAUUUCAUAUACUGCUUAGAAAAGAGAAAUUUAAAUAUGGUGAACAGGGUUAGAAUACAGUCAGAAAAAAUACCCAUUUCUUUCAGAUUCUUUGGAUGCAAGUGUGUACAUGUGAAGCAUACUAUUCCUUGUCCAUGCUUCCAUUAUGUUUGGCUUUCUGUGUUUUUGCCUAAGCUUCUGCUCUCUACCUGUAAAACUGAUACCGAUUUUUCUGAAGGAUAACUUGGUCUUGUUUUUGCAAUGGUAUGCAGUAAGAUUAAUCCACAAUUGUCAAUGUUUACUGCAACGAGGUGAUCAAAAGCAGGAACAAUGUAGUAACUACCGAAAAGUUUUCCAUUUCAGUUCAUCAUAAAAAUGGCCGGGAACCCUAUGUGCUAAUGCUGAAGGUGGCAUUAUUUCCUCCUGAGUCUGCAAGCAUGUCUUGAUUCUGGGAAUAACAUUUGUUCCCCAUCAUCUAACCAGUGGGUUCCAGAGGAAAUGGAGGAAUUGGCUUUGUUGGUGUGCCUCUUUCUGUCUGAUCAUCUUGUAGCCUUCAGGAUUUCAGUUACUGCCUGUCCCUUCACCAUCCAGAGGGAUCACCGUAAGGAUACAGCGGUUGUUUUGAAAUGUGUGUGAGAUGAGGAUUGGUUUUGUGACAUAUGCAAAGGUCUUAGAAACACAAUGUAGCUGUUUCUCACUUAGAGAUCCCUUAAGGCUAGUUUAGAACACUUGCAGCCAUGGUAACUCACCUUUGGUACAGAACAAUCAGUUGCAAAUUUAGUGCCCAGAGUUUUGAGUCUCCUCCAAGUUCUCAGGGUCACCCCUGGUGUUCAUUUCAGCACCCAUCUGCUGUCAGUAACUUGUCUGUCUGUUUGCCAGCCUAGUACCUUCCUGAUUUGGAUGCUGAGGUAAACUUUAGCAUCUGAAAUGGGCAUCAGAGGGAAGCUAAUUUCCUCAUCUCCCUUGGUGUUUAAAAGCAGACUGCGCACUUUGUAGGUACUCUGUACUUUGUAGGACCUCUCUCCCAGCCAAGGGAUAACUUUCAGUAGCAGGGAUGGGGCUGUCAUGAAGAAACUCACCCAGGGAAUGCCAUUUUCCGCAACUGGGAAAUAAAGAUCCCUCACAAUUAAAGGCAUCACUCCUCACCUUUCGGUGAGUCCAGGCAUCCGCCUCAUGGAUUGCAGAUGUUUCAUAGCCCAUUGGCUGCCACGUGUGACCCUUCUGCUUGAUAAAGCCCUAUCCAUAAUCCAAAACCAAUAACAAAAUGGUUUUUAAUGAAGGUCUUUCUUGCCCUGGUAAAUACUGGAAAUGGUGUCAAAAGCAGUUUUUGAAAUAUGUUUCCUUUCCUCUUUUGAUCUCCUUUCACUGCAAAUCUCUAAUUGACUCUGUCAGCAAAAUAAGGCAUCAGAUUUGUAGGCAGACAAGCCUUUCCUUUUCGCUUAAUAGGAAGUCACAUGUGAGUAUCUAGAUAGGCUCUCAUGUCCCAGUAUAACAGAAAUUUGGAGUCAGAUUGUGGCUGUCAGUGGGGCCAGUUGCGAGGUGCUCCCUUCCUUCCACUUCAGCUGCAGUAUUCCUUCUGUCCCCUCUACACCGCUGUCCCUGGUGGCGCAACAAAAACAUCUCCAUCUGAAAAUGCUCUCAAAAUGCUGCAUGGUUGUUGUUUUCACAGCACUUUGACUUCACUCGGAUGCAAUGGGGACAAGGAGGCAGCCCAGCAACUUCACACCCGUUGUCCACGCAGGCAGUGGACACAUUGCCUGCCUGUAGCUCAUGGAUGAGCAGAGGGCAUGGUGUCCCCGAGCUCUCAUCCUCUCUUCGUUUCUCUCCUGCACGCUCAGUGCACUCACACUGCUCCUCUCAUCGCCUUUGGGGCAAGUGUUGCGUGUGGCUGUAGACAGAGAGCGUAACCCCGUGCAGCAUUCAGAUGGCCCUGGGUUUCCAGCAUCUGGACUCCGGAAACACUGUCUAGGCCAUAAGGGCUGUGACUGUUGAUGUUUUUUUGCAGGGAAAACUGCCAGGUACUUACAGGCUCCGAAAGAAAAUAAACUGUAGCGUUUUCAUAAGGGAAAAAUGUUUGCUUAUGGAAAACUAUUGAAUCUGAUUUGCAAACGCUUGAACAAUGCGUGAGGCUGGGGCAGCAGCUGGCGGAACUGGCAUCACAGAUGCAAUACCAGGAGGUUUUUGGCGAGCAGCUUAGUAGUUCGAUAGCAAGUCCAUCAAAAGGAGUUUCUGAGAUGUUGUAUAGUUUUAUGUUUACGCAAAAAAAAAAUAUUUCUAAUUAGUCCAUUUCACAUUGAGUGGCAGAUAGAGAUAUAUUUUGUUUAAUCACUAACACAGAGGCUUCUGUGAAAGAAAAGGUUUAUUUGUAGCAUUGGGUGCAUUUCACCUUUUUAAAGACUGUCUUUGCGCGUAUAGUGUCCUUUCUGUGAGCUGGGAAUUGUAAAAAAAAUGUAAAGUAGAAAAGGACGUGUUUCUUAGACGAAGGAGAAAUACUGUAAAAUUGUGUAAAUGUCACUACUCAUGUUUUCGUGUUGUGUGUAGCAUAGUGUAAAAUAGGCUUUCCAGCAGUGUUAUUCUGUGAAUUGUAAUUUAAAAAACAAGCCAUGCAUGGUCAGAGAUAUUAUCUACAGGUCCUUCUGAUUGGUUGGGGUUUUGUUUUUGUUUGUUGUUUUCUCAUUUUAGGUAAAUUUGUUUUAUGUUAAAUUUAAUUGUCCAUGAAACUGCAUUUUUGAUUCUCGGUUUUAUUUCGUAAAUAACUUGAAUUACUCUUUAAUAUUUUACUACACAUGAAGCUCACCUACAGUUUGUAUUCAUUGUUCAGAAGCUUUGUCACGCUUAGUGUAAACCAGGAGGAUUUUCUUUUUAACGCACCCCUUGUCUGCCUCUUCUCCCCACACUCUCUUCUCUUUACUGUCUGGAAAGAUGCAAUCACACUUUUUUUUUUUUUCUGUGCCAUGCAGGGUCAAUUUGGAAAACUGACCACAGACCUGUGUCCAAAAUUUCUUGAUAUAAGUAGUUAAAGAGCUCACCUCUACAGCAUUAUGUAAACACAUCAUGCAAUAAAGCUUUAUAAAGCACUGGCUGUA